AUGCCCGCCCCCUCUAACACCCUUCUCAUCGAGGGUUCUUUCUCUGAGCUCGCCGACGAGUUCGCCCAGUACAUCGACGCUCUCCGCAAAGAGGGCAGCCUCCAAACCGAGAUCGCCCCGCUCCUCGAGCCUCUCCGCCAGCAGGAACAGUCUGAGGGCGAAGCCGACCUUAAGCAGCGCGAUGAAGUCCUCAAGAAGCUCGUCUCAUCAGCUACCGCUCUGAGCAGUGCCCCCGAAAAGGAGAUCACAUCCGCCUACAACUUGCUGGUUCACCUUGUUCACCAGUCCUCUGACGCCGAUGUCUUCCUUCCUCGCAUCUGCACUUAUCUCGCCAAGCCCAUCACCACCUCCCCUCAGUUUGGCCCUACCCUCGCCAUUUCAAUCCUCACCACCAUUUUCAACACCCUCUCUUCCACCGACUCCAGCCGCUACCACGUCCUCCUGGCCAUCGUUGCUGUCAUCCGCCAGUCUGGAUCCGGAAUCGCCUUUGAGGCUCUCAAGCCCCAAUUGGCCUCCCAGCUCCCCACAUGGCUCUCAUCUUGGGAACUGGAGAGCGGCGAUGCUCGCAAGCUGCACGUUGCCAUUGCCGAAGCUGCCACCGCCGCCGGUGACGAGGAACUCUCCCAGUCGCACAUUGUGCAAGCCCUGGCCACCAUCGAUGCCGCGGACGUCAGCAAGCCCGAAUCUCGUGAUCUUGCCGUUCGCGCUCUCGCCACUGCCCUGCGCCGUUCCUCCGCCCUCCGCACCAGCGACAGCGCUCUCUUCGAGCUCCUCGAGAUUUUCACCUCCGACACCCUCGAGGCCUACGAAACUUUCGUCGCCGCCAACCCUCUCUCCUCCAUCUCCGGCGGUGUUCUCGCCGAGUCCGCCGAUGCCCUGCAGAGCAAGAUCCGUCUCCUUACCCUCACCUCGCUGGCAUCUGCCACCCCCUCGCGCUCGCUCCCCUACGCUACCAUCGCCUCCGCUCUGCGCGUCCCCGCCUCCGAAGUCGAGGUCUGGGUUAUCGACACCAUUCGUGCCGGUCUUGUCGAGGGUAAGCUGUCUCAGCUGAAGUCCGAGUUCCUUGUUCACCGCGCCACCUACCGUGUCUUCGGCGAGAAGCAAUGGUCCGAGGUGCAAGGUCGCCUCAUGGUCUGGCGCCGUUCCCUCGAGAGUGUCCUCAGCGUCAUCCGCUCCGAGCGUGAGCGUUUCGCUCGCGAGGGUGCCCAGGCUGCUAUUGAGCAAGAGGCCAGCAAGGGCCGCAACGCCAACGGUGACCGUCGACGGAUCCAGACUCAGGUCGAGGCCGCUGAGUAA